UAAGGUUCUUUGAGUUUGGAAGAAAAUGUCAUGGAUAAGAACGGCGGUUAGUAGAGCCGUGGAAGUAGGUGGGAAGAAUGCCCUGAGGCGCACCGUAUGGAGUGUCGCUGAUUCCGUCGUCUUGGGCGGUGCCAGGAUGAUCCAUAAGCGCAUUGCCGCGAAGAAAAUGCACAGUCUUCGAAUAACGGUAAAGAGACUUGAAGAAGUUUCGGUAUCAUGUAAAGGAGUUGAAAGGGUUCAACUUCUAAGACGAUGGCUGGUCGCCCUUAAAGAAAUCGACAGAUUUUUUAAUGAUCAAAAUAAUAAAAAAGAUGUAAGUGAUGAUGAUAAUGAUGACGACAGCUGCGACACUACUGCCAAAGAUAAUAUCAUUAGCAGUGCUAAUGAUAAUGACAAAAACACUGUGGAUCAGUUUUCUUACGAAGAGAUCAAGGAUUCAACCCAACAGCCAACUUUGGUGUAUUACUAUGACCCUGAGAUCGGAGAACCAAUGAAUUUUCGGGAGGUUUUUCUGUAUAGUCAAGCUCUUGAAGAGAUGGCAUUGUCAAUGAUUCAUGAUGCACCAAAUGAGGAAGAGGUUUCGCUAUUUAUGGAAAUACUUAGGAUCUGUAUUGCAGGAGGGAAGGAAGUUCAUGAGACAGUAAUGAGAAACAUAAUGAGCUUAGCAGUGGCAUUCGCAAACUAUCAGGAGGAAGUAUUGAUAAAACGAGAAGAAUUGCUCCAAUAUGCUCGAGCUGCAAUUAAAGGGCUCAAAAUAAAUGUUGGUCUUGAAAGAAUAGAUGCCGAGGCCUGCAGUCUAAAGGAAAAACUUGGAGAAAUGAUGGCGCUCCUGAACUCUUCAAGUGAAGGUCAUGGAGAACUUUCUGAAAAACAAACUGCUGCAAAGAUAGAGGCUCUUAAGGAAGCUCUUGGUUUAAUCGGGCUAUAUUCCAGAUUGGAGGCACUAUUACUCAAGAAAAAAUCUUUAACCAAUGGGGAUACUCCAGAACUUCAUGCUGAAAAGGUCGAUAAAUUAAAAGUUUUAUCAGAAUCUCUCGUUAACUCAACAUCAAAGGCUGGAAGGCGCAUUUCAGAGCAAAGGGCUCAGAAAGAAGAAGCAAUUAGCUUUCGUCUUGCUAAAGCCAACGAAGUCAGCCAACAAGAGAAGGAACUGGAGGCUGGGAUUCUAGAUCUUGAGAAGCACAAAGCUGAACUUGAAGCUGAACUUAGAAAGGUCAAUGCAUCACUUGUCUGUGCUCGUAUACGCCUUCGCAAUGCCAGGGAAGAGCGAGAGCAAUUUGAUGUUGCCAGUAACCAGAUUCUAUCACAACUAGCAUCAAAGGAAGAGGAAAUUUCGAAAUCGAUUGCUUCAUGCCGAGUAGAAGCAGACGUUGUUAAUGUGUGGAUUCAUUUUCUGGAAGAUACAUGGAAUCUCCAAACCAGCUACCUUAAGCAAAAGGAGAAGCAGGUCAGUGGUGAACUAGAGAGAUAUGGAGAAUAUUUUGUGAAUCUGGUCACUCAUCUUCUAACUGCUUACAAGGAACAACUCAGACCUUCCCUGACAAGAAUUGGGCAACUGGUGGAGAACUUGGCCUCAACUGAAAGGUCAGGAGAAACAGCUAAUCUUAACCAAAGAAGAAGUCUUGAAGAAGAAUAUUUGAGCCUUGAAUCCAAAUUUGUAAGUACCUUUAGUGUAGUGGGUUCCAUGAAAACACAGAUUUAUUCUCCGAAUGAAGGAACUUACAGGAAGAAAGAUGACAGGCUGAAAGAGCUAUUUGAUGAUCUUGAAAGUAUAAGGGAGGAAUUUGAAUAUAUCGAGAGACCAAUUUUAGAUCUUGAAAAUCCAACUGCAAUAUCAGAGUCACCAUCCACCAAGUCGCCACUAAGUCCGUGGUUCCGAUUAAAGUCUUCAAUAAAAAAAUUGGAUCAAAGGAGGCUGAAAUUCGAGCUGGAACAUGACGACGAAGAAAAUUCAGAUUAUGAAACGGAUGAAAUCGUAGAAUGGGAAUACGAUGCAUUCGAAAAAGACCUAAUACCCAACUAACCAACCAAAUAUCUGCCUAAUUUAUCUGGUUUGCAUUAUGGCGCUAACCAUUAUUGUUUCAAAAGGUUAGAAAAAAAAAUGUGUAAGUUAACUUGUUACUUAAGCAAAAGCUGCUGACAUUA